GGGGGAGAAGCUGAGAUCUUCUUACCAGUUACAGAAGUUUAACUCUGAACUGAAGGAAUUACUAGAUUGGAUUCAGGAAAUCAAAAUUCAAAUCAAAAUUGGGGAUCUUCCGAAAAGUCUAGCUGAAGCAGAAAGCCUGAUAGAGGAGCAUCAAGAAAUAAAGGCAGAGAUUGAAGCUCGAGGGGAAAGAUUUGGUGCUCUUAGCAACUACGGUCAGAAACUUGGCAAUUCUGGCCAUUAUGCGGCUCCUGAGAUCCAUCAUUCCCUCAUCAAGUUACAACAAGCAUUAAAUGAAAUGAUCCAGGCCUAUGAAGAGCAAAGUCUAAAAUUACAUCAAGCCAGAGACUUACAGAUAUUCUUUGGUUAUGUGGAAGAGAGUGAAAGUUGGCUAAGCAGCAAAGAGGCCUUCCUAACAAACAAAGACUUGGGGGAUUCAAUAUCCAGUGUGGAAAGUCUGCAGCAAAAGCAUAUGCAAUUUGAAAAAGACUUGAACACCCAUCUGAUGGAGGUUGAUAAUAUAGCUGUCUUUGCCCAAAAGCUGAAGGACAGUCGGCAUUAUGAUUCAGAGAAUAUAAUGACUAAGUGCCAGGCUGUGUUGAGAAGAAAAGAAAAACUUCUGGAAAUUGCUUUAAUGCGCAGGCGUCUGCUGAAGGAGUCCUGGCUAUUACAAAAAUUUCUGCACAAUUCUUUUGAGAUAGCUUCCUGGAUGAGUGAAAAAAACAGUAUUGCCCUUGAUGAGAGCUGGAGAGAUCCCAGCAAUCUUCAAGCUAAACUACAAAAACACCAGACUUUCCAGGCAGAGAUUGUGGCUAACAAAAAUCAUCUCAACAGAAUCAAAGCAGAAGGAGAAAAAAUGCUCCAUGAAAGGCAUUAUGCUUUUGAUGUCCUCCAGUCAAGACUCCAAGAAAUAGAUGAGCUUUGGGAUGAGUUGCUGGAAAACUGUGAGGAAAAGAAAAGAAAAAUUCUGGAUGCUUACAAGGCUCUGCAAUUUCUACAUAUUGUGGAUGAGACUGAUAAAUGGUUGGAAGAUCUAGACAGCGAGAUGAAAAUGCCAAAGAGCAGUGAUAAUCUACUGGUUUUGAAUGCUCUCCUAAAGAAACAGGAAGAAUUGGAAGCCAACUUUAAUGCCCACAGGGACCAUUUCCAAAGUCUGAUCAACAGAGUGCAAGAAUUCCAGGAGGAGAAACAUUUUCUGGCAGAUGAGAUAGAGAUAAGAGUGGACCAGGUGGUAAACAGAUACAAAAGUUUUAGGGAGUCACUCCAGGAAAGACAGCAGCAUUUGGAAGCCAACAGAUUGCUGUACCAGUUCCUCCAGGAUGUCAAUGAAGAGUUUACCUGGAUUCACGAGAAACACCCUCUGGCAUCUUCCAGAGACUAUGGUCAGUCAUUGGCAGCUGUUCAAAGCUUACAGGAAAAGCACCAGAAUUUAGAGAAUGAGAUUAACAGCCAUGGUGCCUUGAUUAAAAGAGUUAUCAGUUCUGGGCAAAAGCUGAUGCAGGAAAAAGAUGUUGCUUCCCAGACAAUCUUGGAACAAAUAAAGGAACUGAUCAUUUCCUUUGAAAAUCUGAAAGAUGAAGCUCAGGAAAGAAGAUGGAGGCUUGUAGAAUCUCAUAAAGCCCAGCAUUUUUUCAGUGAGCUUUUGGAAGUAGAAUCCUGGAUGACAGAAAAAGGACUUCUGCUAGAAACUCCAGAUUAUGGGAGAAAUGAAGAAUCAACUCAAGCACUGUUACGUAAAAUGGAAGCUACAAAGCUUGAUCUGGAGGGAUUCAAAUCCCGAAUUGAGAAGCUGAAGGAAACAGGAGACUAUUUCUUGAACAGUAAUAACCCAGAAAGUUCAACUAUCCUGCCUAAACUCCAGUCUGUUUUAGAACAAUACCUGUCUCUCCAGGAUAGAGCAGAGAAACAAAUAAAAGCUUUGCAGGAACAAGCACAACUUCAUCAAUUUGAGAAGGAAACCCAACUGGUGGAUGCUUGGCUGUUGAGCAAACAGAAUAUGGCUGAAUCAGAUAAUUAUGGUCAGGAUUUAGAGACCGUGGAGGUUCUAGAGAAAAAAUUUGAAGAUUUUACGAAAGAGAUAGAAACUCUAGGCUAUACCAAAGUUCUGCUGAUAAACAAUCUAGCAUCUCAUCUUAGAAGUGUGUGUCACAAUCAAAUAAGCCACAUCCAGAAAAAGACAGAGGAUAUCCAUGUCAGAUGGGACAAACUGCAGCAAGCUGUCCAAACAAGAGCAGAGAAUCUCAGAGCAGCUCAUCAAGUUCAUCAAUAUGAUCGUGAUGUGGAUGACCUAAAAGGCUGGAUGCAGGAGAAAGACGCAGUUGUGACCAGAGGUGAUUAUGGUUAUGACCUACUUGGAGUUCAGACCCUCCUUAGCCAACAUGAAGGAGUGGAGAGGGAAUUGGCAGCCAUUGCAAAAGAGUUGGAAGGGGUAAGAGGAGAGGCCUGGCGCCUGGGCCGCCUCUACCCUCUGCCCAGGGAGAACAUGAUGAACAGACUUUCUGAAGUGGACGAGUGCUGGGAGAAACUAGACAAGAAGUGUGUGGAAAGAAAGCUGAAAUUGCAGCAGGCUGAACAAGUCCAAAUCUACUUCAAUGACUGCAGAGAGUUGGUAGCCUGGGCAAGGAAGAUGCAUUCCCUGAUUGUUUCAGAGGAGGUAGCAAAUGAUCUUCUGGGAGCUGAAUUGCUUAUUAAAUGCCACAAGGAAUACAAGCUUGACAUAGACAGACAAUGGUUGGAAUAUGAAGAUCUGGAGCAAAUUGGAUAUAAUCUGGUGAAGAAAGGACAUUUUAUGUGCCUGGAAAGAGAAUUGAAGCUAUUGAAACAAAUGACUAUAGAAGAAAAUGAGCAAAUGACCACAUUGAUCAAAGUCCCCUCACUAAGAAGGCGACAUUCAGAUAGAAGAAGCACAAUGCCUGAACCAAAGAAAACUCAGCAAUUACCACUUAUGUCCUCAAUUCCCAAUUUAAGAGAUCCCUUCAAUGUCUCUCCUACCCAAAACUCCAAAGAGAGUUUGCAUCAAAUCAGUUCUGAAGAAGACUUGAGGUUGAUCAAUGAUUCUCCUGAACCAAGAGUGAAUGGCUUAGAAAAUUCCAUGCCAGAAACUGAGAAUUCUUUGUGUCCUUCAUUGACCUCAGACUUGAAUAACCAGCAAUCUGAUGUUGGAUUUUUGGAGUCACACCAUAAUGAUUUUAAUCCAUCAGAUGUGAUAAACAGUUGUGAAACUUCUACCUCUGAGUUAGAAACUAGUGAAAUGAAAACUCUGGAUGGUAAAGGAUCCCCUGAUGACUGCCAAAGUCUUCUGCACUCAGAUUUAUCACCAGAAGGAUCAGAAACUGCUCCCCAAUGGUAUAGAAACUAUGUGAGGCAUUUGUAA